UCUGACAAGUACCGUGCACGAGAAACAGAACCCCGCGUUAACACCCCUUCUAGUUGAGAGUUUUAUCGUCGUGUCAUCCUUAACUACUUCCUUCCGUUUUGUUUACACCGGAACUUAUAUUACAUGAAUACUAACACGACAAUAUGUCAGCUCUUCUGUCUUUUACUCAGUUCACGGAUUAUGGCUCUUACUUCUCCCUCCCUCUUCCCUUCAGCGUGUUACUUGGUGUUGCUAUAGCCGCCCUUGGAGUUCUUCUCUGUAUUUUUAUUGCUGUUACGAGAUGUGUUCGAAGACAUUGUUGUGAAGGGAGAAUACAAAUGACCAAAGAUGAAUUCUCAAGCUCUCGACAAAUAAUAGAUUCUGAUGUCGAAAUAGGGGCUGUGGAUCGACCGUCUUCGAAAAAACGGCAUCGGGCGAAAUUAUCCCUCCCAGGUAACGGGAUUCAGGAAGAACCGAGCUCACACGGAUACGCAGAUAUCGACGAUCUUGACGAAAAUCUAGAUGACUACAUAAAUGUGAACAAUGCGUUUACAGAAUCAGACUCUGAUGAUUUUGAUUAUGAGAAUUUAAGGGGAGGAGUGUAAACUCUUCAUAUUGUCCAGUUUUUUAUGUUCAGGUUGAUUUCAUUACUUCAUUUUAUAUUUUUAUAAGAAUAAUUCAAUGGUUAUAAAAAGUCAAUGCAAUCAAAUGAAAUUUCACCACACUUUAUAGCAAACUGUAGAAAUCAGCACGUGUGAAUCCUUGAUAUUGUGCAUAACCUUUGGUUUGUAUGUUCAGGUUGAUUUCAUUUCUUGAUUAUAUUUCUUUUACACUUGAAAUGUAAAGGAAAAACCUGUCACAGUCAAAUGAAUGUUUUUAAAUCAA